AUGUCUGAGAACAGUACAUGCAAGCCUUUCGCUUGCGCUAUCCAAAAUUGCUUGCAGGAGAAUGGCUACAACGAGUCCAAAUGCACCAAGGUUAUCGAUGAGUUGUACAAAUGUUGCAGAGAGUUUUACGAAAAAGAAGGCCCUGAGGCCCUGAGUGUGUGCUGUCCCAAGUUCAAUUUGCUACAGCUCAAGUUGAAGCAACGACUGAUGAAGCAAAUCGACGCAAAACUCAUUCUGAAAUAA